AUGUGCCCGGAGGAGGGCGGCGCGGCCGGGCUGGGCGAGCUCCGCUCCUGGUGGGAAGUCCCGGCCAUCGCGCACUUCUGCUCGCUUUUUCGCACCGCGUUCCGCCUGCCCGACUUUGAGAUCGAGGAGUUAGAAGCAGCUCUUCACAGAGAUGAUGUAGAGUUUAUCAGUGACCUGAUUGCCUGCCUGCUUCAGGGCUGCUAUCAACGAAGGGAUAUCACGCCUCAGACAUUCCACAGCUACCUGGAGGACAUCAUCAACUACCGCUGGGAGCUUGAAGAAGGGAAGCCCAACCCUCUGAGAGAAGCCAGUUUCCAAGACCUGCCCCUUCGCACUCGUGUGGAAAUCCUGCACCGCCUUUGUGAUUAUCGGCUAGAUGCAGAUGAUGUCUUCGAUCUUCUCAAGGGUUUGGAUGCCGACAGUCUCCGCGUGGAACCAUUGGGUGAAGACAAUUCUGGGGCACUCUAUUGGUAUUUCUAUGGAACACGAAUGUAUAAGGAGGACCCAGUGCAAGGAAAAUCCAAUGGAGAACUCUCGUUGAGCAGGGAAAGUGAAGGACAAAAAAAUGUCUCCACUGUUCCUGGGAAAACAGGAAAAAGAAGAGGAAGACCCCCCAAACGGAAGAAAGUACAGGAGGAGAUUAUAGUGAGUGAAAAGCAGGAAGAAAACUCCUUGGCAUCUGAACCACAGACAAGAAAUGAGUCCCAAGGGCCCGGUCAAGGCACUUGGUGGCUCCUGUGCCAAACAGAAGAAGAAUGGAGACAGGUCACUGAGAGUUUUCGGGAGAGGACCUCCCUUCGAGAACGGCAGCUCUAUAAGCUCCUCAGUGAGGACUUCCUGCCCGAGAUCUGCAACAUGAUUGCCCAGAAGGGAAAGCGUCCACAGCGCACAAAGGCAGAGUUGCAACCUAGGUGGAUGUCUGACCACCUGUCCAUCAAAUCCAUGAAGCGAGAGGAGACCCCUGUGCUUCCCCGAAUAGAAAAACAGAAGCGCAAAGAGGAGGAGGAAGAACGUCAAAUUCUUCUAGCAGUGCAGAAGAAGGAGCAGGAGCAGAUGUUAAAGGAAGAGAGGAAACGAGAGCUGGAGGAGAAGGUCAAGGCAGUGGAAGGUAUGUGGGCUUUCUGCGCAGUACAUGUGGUAUGGGAAUAGCCCUCCUCUGGCCAAAGCCAAAUCAAACUAGAUCGAGCAAAGAGGAGAAAGCUCAGGGAAGAAAGGGCAUGGCUGCUGGCCCAAGGAAAGGAGCUCCCCCCAGAACUUUCCCAUCUGGACCCUAGUUCCCCCAUGAGAGAAGAAAAAAAGACUAAAGACCUCUUUGAGUUGGAUGAUGAUUUCACUGCCAUGUAUAAAGUUCUAGAUGUGGUAAAGGCUCACAAGGAUUCCUGGCCCUUUUUAGAACCUGUGGAUGAAUCGUAUGCCCCAAACUAUUACCAGAUUAUUAAGGUCCCCAUGGAUAUCUCAAGCAUGGAGAAGAAACUGAAUGGAGGUUUAUACUGUUCCAAGGAGGAAUUUGUAAAUGACAUGAAGACUAUGUUUAGGAAUUGUCGAAAAUAUAACGGGGAAAGUAGUGAAUAUACCAAGAUGUCUGAUAAUUUAGAGAGGUGUUUCCAUCGAGCAAUGAUGAAGCAUUUUCCUGGUGAAGAUGGAGACACAGACGAAGAAUUUUGGAUCAGAGAGGAUGAAAAGCGAGAGAAGAGACGGAGCCGGGCUGGGCGAAGCGGUGGAAGCCACGUUUGGACCCGCUCCAGGGACUCUGAAGGGCCCAGCAAGAAACAGCAACUGGUGGAGAAUGGAGGGAAGUCAUUGCCACCUGCCCGCCGAGCUUCUUCUGGGGAUAAUCAAAGCAGCAGUUCCACACACCUCCCUCGGGAGGUGGGCACCUCCAAUGGCCGAGGCUUUUCUCGUCCCCUACAUUAUGGUGGGAUGCCCAACCAGGCACCCCUUUUAAACCAGAUGAGGCCAACAGUACCAGGAACAUUUGUCCCUCUUCGAGGAUCAGAUCCUGCCAAUUUAUAUGUCUCCUCUAGGGUCCCAGAACCACACCCUGGAGAACCUGUACAGCAGCAUCAGCCUUUUGCCAUGCAGCCUCCAGUUGGAAUUAACAACCACCGAGGACCCAGGCUAGGCACUCCGGAAGAGAAGCAAGUGUGUGGGGGGCUGACACACCUUAGUAACAUGGGAUCACAUCCUGGAUCCUUACAGCUUAGGCAUAUGGGUGGCCCUAGUCAGGAUGGAAAUAUUUAUCCCCCAACGCAAUUCCAGUCAGGAUUUAUUCCUCCCAGGCAUGGUGGGGCUCCAGCCCGACCCCCAGACUUUCCUGAAAGCUCAGAAAUUCCUCCCAGCCACAUGUACCGAUCAUACAAGUACAUGAAUCGAGUACACACUGCUGUCUGGAAUGGGAACCAUGGUGCUACAAACCCAGGACCCUUGGGCACAGAUGAGAAGCCCCCCAUGGGGCCAGGACCCUCUCACCAGCCUCGCACUCUUGGUCAUAUGAUGGAUUCCCGAGUGAUGAGACCUCCUCUCCCCCCAAACCAGUGGACUGAACAAUCAAGCUUUCUACCUCAUGGAGUUGCUUCUUCAGGGUAUAUGCGAGCACCCUGUAAAUCUGGUGGACAUCGGUUACAGCCACCUCCGGCCCCAACGCCAAGUUCUCUUUUUGGAGCACCCUCCCAGGCUCUGCGGGGGGUGCAAGGAGGGGACUCCAUGAUGGACAGCCCAGAGAUGAUUGCCAUGCAGCAGCUUUCUUCCCGCGUUUGCCCACCAGGUGUGCCUUACCACCCCCGACAGCCUACAUCCCCCCAUUUACCUGGCCCUUUUCCACAGGUAGCUCACUCGGCAUCAGUAAGUGUGUCAGCCCCCAAGCCUACCUUGGGGAACCCUGGGAGGACACAGGAUAACAGUGAAACACAAGAGCCUGAGAAUGACCGAGCAGAUCCCUUGCCUGGGCUUGAGGAGAAACCACUAAACAUUGGUGCUUCAGAGGGGGUGUACCUCAAACAGCUACCUCACCCUACACCUCCGUUGCAGACCGACUGUACCAGGCAGAGCUCACCACAAGAAAGGGAAACAGAGGGCCCAGAGCUCAAAAGCGACUCCUCAGAAUCUGGAGACAACUGUAAAGCAACAAAGAGCAAGAACAUCUGGCCCCCGGAGAGCAACUAUACCAGCCCAGCCACCCAAGGAUGUAUGCGAGACCUCUCCACUCUGGCAGAUAGAGGGGCUCUACCCGAAAAUGGAGUAAUUAUUGAAGCAUCCCCUUGUGGAUCAGAGGGGAAGGGCCUUGGUGGUAGUGGUUCAGAAAAGUCACUCUGCCCCAGAGGCAAAACACUACAGGAAACCAUGCCGUGUACAAGACAGAACCCAGCUACACCUCCCAACGCGGACCCCAAUCUGAUGGGAGGCACUGUAAGCCAGUUUUCCCCCUUGUACAUGCCUGGGCUGGAAUACCCAAAUUCAGCUACACAUUACCACAUCAGUCCAGGCCUGCAAGGUUUGGGCCCUGUGAUGGGAAGUAAACCCUCAGUAUCCCAUCCUCAGCAUUUCCCCCCUAGGGGCUUUCAGUCUAACAACCCUCAUUCUGGAGUCUUUCCCCGGUAUCGCCCCCACCAAGGAAUGAGGUAUUCCUACCAGUCACCACCUCAGCCUUCCUAUCAUCACUAUCAGCGAACUCCUUAUUAUCCGUGUCCACAGGGCUUUUCUGACUGGCAGAGACAUCUUCAUCCCCCGGGAAGCCCAAGUGGGCUCCCACCUAAUCCACCCCCCCCACCAAGGCCCCUCUUCUCAGAUAAGAGCACCUUGGCUAAUCUGCAAGGCUGUGAGACACUGAAUGCUGCCUUAAGUUCCCCAACCCAAAUGGAUGCGGUGGCUGCUAAAGUCGUCUCAGCUGAUGGACAGAAUCCUGGUCCAGAGGAAGAAAAGCUGGAUGAAUCUAUGGAGAGGUCAGAGAGUCCCAAAGAAUUUUUAGACCUGGACAACCAUAAUGCAGCUACCAAGCGGCAGAGCUCAUUGUCAGCCAGCGAGUAUCUUUAUGGAACUCCUCCUCCACCUCUGAGUUCAGGGAUGGGAUUUGGUUCAUCUACUUUCCAGCCCCAUGGUGUGAUGCUACAGACAGGGCCUCCUUACACACCUCAGCGGCCAGCCAGUCAUUUCCAGCCCAGGGCCUACUCUUCCCCUGUGGCUGCUCACCCACCUCACCAUCCAGUGGCUGCCCAGCCCAACGGCCUCUCUCAGGAGGGCGCCAUCUAUCGCUGCCAAGAAGAGGGCCUGGGUCACUUUCAGGCUGUAAUGAUGGAACAAAUUGGUACUGGAAGUGGAAUAAGGGGACCUUUCCAGGAAAUGUACAGACCAUUAGGGAUGCAAAUGCAUCCAGUCCAGUCACAGUCCUCGUUCCCAAAGACCCCAGCACCAGCAGCAUCCCGGGAAGAGCUGCCACCACAUAAGCCCCCAACACUUCCUCUUGAUCAGAGCUAGUCCAAGGAGGAAAUAAACCCCAAGAAAACGGAAAGCUGCACAUGAAGACUGGAACAUGGAAAAUUUAGGGAAGCAAUCCCUGCCCACCUCUGUUCCUGUUACCCUGCCACACCCCUUCACAGUGCAUCCCAUCGUGCCGUCCAAGAGCUGGAGCCGUUCCCGGAGCCCUAGAAGCAUACUCCUUAGACUAACACCAGCUUGCAAAGGUCCUUGGUUGGGGAUCUCUUGUAUGGCUGAUGGUCAAGAACAAAUGAACUGAAAUUAGU